CCCUUUUUCUCUCCCCCAAAUUUCACGAUUCAUAUAUAUAAACUAUACAUAUCAAACUUUCAUUUUAUUUUCAGUUAGUCUCCUCCGACUUUUCUCAGCUUUUCAUUUCUCUAUGUAAAUUUAGAAACAUCUAAUCCCCUUCUCCCUGCUAGUCUGCUUCUUUAUCCAUCCUAAAACAAGAGGCAGAGAUGAGAGCUGUUAACAACACUUUGGAGACUAUCAACGCUGCUGCAACUGCCAUCGCUUCGGUAGACGAUCGCAUUAAUCAAUCUCUUCCUCACGUCCAGAAGAAAACCUGGGGAAGCUGGCUGAGCAUAUAUUGGUGUUUUGGACACCGCAAAAACCAAAAGCGAAUUGGGCAUGCAGUCCUUGUUCCCGUAAGCACACCUUCUGCUGCAGAUGCUACUGCUGCAGCAGUAGGUUCAACAGCUGCACCUGGUAUUCCAUUCCCCUUCGCCGCACCUCCAUCGUCUCCUGUAUCUUUCCUCAACUCAGAACCUCCUUCUCUUGCUCAAUCCCCAGGUGGUAUCCUAUCUCUCACUUCUGUGUCUGCCAGCAUGUACUCUCCCGGUGGUCCUUUAUCUAUCUUCGCCAUUGGACCAUAUGCCCACGAAACACAAUUAGUUUCACCACCCGUUUUCUCGACAUUCACCACUGAACCUUCAACCGCUCCCUUCACUCCACCUCCCGAAUCUGUCUACUUGACCACACCUUCUUCACCUGAAGUGCCGUUUGCUCAACUGCUUGAUCCCAACAACAAAAAUGCCGAUACCUAUCAAAGGUUCCAAAGAUCUCUAUAUGACUUCCACUCCUAUCAGCUUCAACCUGGAAGCCCUGUUGGUCAACUCAUUUCACCAAGAUCAGCUUUCUCAGCUUCUGGCACCUCAUCUCCUUUCCCUGAUGCUGAGUUCUCUUCUCGUGGCUCCAUCCUUCUUGACUUUCCAACGGGUGACCCUACCAAGCUUUUAAACAUUGAUAAACUGUCUGCUCGUGAAAAACACAAGUCACGUCAAGGCUCUGGCUCUCUCACCCCGGAUUCUAUACGAUCCACAACUCAAGCUGCUUUUCUUCCUAGUCACUGGGUUUCUGAGGUCAUAAGGUCUCCACAUCCAAGAAAAAAUCGCCCCAAUGAGAUUAGUGUAAAUCACAGCCUCUCUAUCGAAGUGUCUUCCCAGGAAGUAUUGAAAUGUGUGGAAAACAAGGCAGUGACAUCGACUAAAUCGCUUCCAUUCAAAACUGAUACACCAGGACCAGAAAAAGAAGACAAUUCAAGAGAAGCCCUCGUGAGCGAAACUCACAAUGAUGUCCCCCAGCAGAUCGCAAACGAUGGAGAUGUGGAAAGUGUUCAUCACAAGGAUGAAAGUGUAACAUUUUCUUCUCCGAAAGAAUUCAACUUUGAUAAUGCAGAAGGAGGGGAUUCUCCUGGGCCGAAUUUAGUUAUUGAGUGGUGGGCUAAUGAGAAAGUUGCAAGCAAGGAAGUAGAAUCCUCCAAGAAUUGGUCUUUCUUCCCGAUGGGGUUGGCCAAUAGCCAAUGAGGACUCUCUUAGUUUGGUGACUGUUACUUAACAUAGCCUUUGGGUUUUGACUUUGGUGCCAUUGCUGCUAAGAAUUUUACGUUGGUAGAUCUAACAACAAUACAGUGAUGGGAAUAUUUUUUGAACUUGCUGGCCCCGAAAUGAAGGUGAGUUUUGCAGACUAGUAAUCAAAUUUUCAGGUAAACCCACUUUAGAUUAGGAAAUGCUUUACAUUUAUAGCAUCUACAUUCUUCACACCUGUUAACCUUUCUGUGUGUAAGUGUAAUAUAGUUGACAUAAAGACAGUGGUUACCAAUAACCAACCAAUAAUGUUUUUUCUUUUUUUACUGUUACUGACAGUUCAAACAUUUUAGCAAUGUUCUUACAGUUCAAAAAGUGAGAAAUAUUU